AAAUCUUCUCAUUUUCAUUUUCGAUUGUGUUCUGCUAUACUCGUUUACUCUCAUUCUACUAUAUCAAUUUACGAUCAUGGGAAUCUACGCUGAUAACAAAAACAAAAUACAUGCACGUCUCAAAAAGAUAGCCUUUGGUGAAUCCCAAGUUUCGUGGAAUACCUUUAUUACUGAGAUGCAAAAAGAAAUGACUGAAUUAUACGACAAUACUCCUCUUAAUGAAUACAAGCAGCAGUGGAAAAAAGCCAUGAAGUUGGCCGUAGUAGAUUUAAAUUUUCUUAUUUGUAAAGGGAAUCGAAAGGACUUAUGGGCCACCCUUAUUGAGAAUAAGAUCCUCGAAAACCAGCAAGAACAAAAGCAACAACAGUUAUUAUUUAACUAUGCACCCACUUCAUCGUUGUGUUAUCAAAGAAAGGUGACAAAAGCUGAUUUAAAUAAAGUCUCUGAAAUAUAUGGCAAGCUGAGACAAAAAUGGACUCUGCAAUCUGGAAGAUUAGUUGAAGAUGUAGUAUAUGAGACAUGCAAAUCCUUUUGUGUUGAACAUCCUGCUCACUCUUUUAUCUUUGACAUUGAUGAUUACCUCUGGGAAGAUGUAUUUGAAAGUGAAGAGUUGGAUGAAAUCAAGACUGAAGCAAAAGAGAACUUAAAUCAGCCUUUUCCUCCAGAGCUACAAGAUAUAGUUAUGAAGCUUCACAGAAAAAAAACCGCUAUUGAGAUGUAUAAUGCCAUUUGUGAAGUAGAAGCUCAUCCAUUCAAAGAUGUAGCUAAAUUCUGGCUCAAACAGAGCAUCACAGACUAUAUCUUGCUCUUUGCUGAAGAUAAACAUCUUAGCCCUUUUGAAACCGAACAAGAUUUGCUAGACGAUGUAUACGGUUUCAUAAAGAAGAGUUGCAAAAUCAGUAGCACUAAAGCUUACAGUGCCAAACAAAGCAAAGCAACUAGUGAAGCAGUAAACAGCAACAGAAGCAUUUGUAAUGCCAGUGUACCAUCAAGACAGCGCUGUGCUGAUAAUGCUGAUCUCAGCUUUGAAUACAAUGGCAAUGAACUCUUUUGUGUAGAAAUAGGCCUUCACGAUAAGGGUCCCAAUGGAACAAAGGAAAUGAAUGAAAGAGAUCUAAAGUUGCCCAAGAUGAUGAAGAACUUCUGCUGUCGCUUGACCAACAACCUCAAAGUAGACCCUAAGCAUAUCAAGACAACAGGCAUUAUCAUUAGUGGCAUGAACAUCACUGCUCGAAUCAUGAGUUUCAAGAAUGGUUCCAUCUCUUUGCUUUCUCGCUCUUCCCGUCUUCGUAUGCCCACGUCUGUUCAAGAAAUACCUCACUUUUUACCACCUGUAUUGAACUUGAUAUAUAACAUCAAUCAAACCAUCAAGUCAACUAUUGAAGCCAUUGACGAUGCGAGCUCAUCCGUUGUGGUUGAAUCAAAUGAAGAUGCUUUUUUCCCCCCUUGUUUCUUUGCAAAUGCAUCAGGCAACAAAAGAGAAAGACAAUAGUCUAACUAUCGUCUUCCUCUCUGUAAAUAAAUUGUACUAUUCAUUUCUUCUCUAUCUACUCUAAUUGAAAAUUUAAAAG